AUGGCCCUUAAAAUAUCCAGGAAUAUGUGCGAAUUGAGUGGCCGCAAUUUGGAUCCAGAUAAGCAAACCAACGGGACAUGGUACAAUAAUACUCUGCUCGAGGAUUUAGAUUUAUGGAGAGACGACCAUCGACCACUCGUUGCUGGAUACGGGAUCCAAACAGUUAAUUACUUUAAUUCAGAAGGGAAUGAUAGUAUAAUUCCGGAAGUAGAAAUUAUUGCCGGUGGCCCACCUGCGGCUUCUGAAUCAUCCGGAGUAUUCUUAGGUUACAAUGACACUUACGUGGAAACAUUAGAUAUUCUCGAUUCUACGACCGAUUUAUCCCUGGUUCUAUUAUUAUUGCAUCCUCAAAAUACCGGAAGGGUAACUUUGAAGUCAAGCAGUGCGAAAGACUAUCCAGUGAUUGAAAACGAUUAUUUUGGAAAUGAUGAUGAUGUGGAAAUUAUGUACAACGCAAUCCAAUAUGCCUUGAAACUGAAUGAAACCGAGGGUUUUAAGCGUUUGGGAGCUUAUCAGCUGUAUCCCUCCGUGCCAGAUUGUGAUCCUUACUAUGAUGCACUUUCCAAAGAUUGGUGGAUUUGUUCCAUAAGAUAUACUUCCGCUGCGGGACUUCAUAUACUAGGAACUACCAGGUUUGGAGUGGACCCGGAAAAAUCUGUGGUAGAUCCCGACUUAAAAGUCCACGGUAUUGAAAACUUACGAGUGGUAGACGCAGGAGUCAUCCCGAGUGAAAUAUCUGGACACCUCAACGCAUUUGUUGCUAUGGUGGCUGAAAAAGCCGCGGAUAUUAUUAAAUCUGCACACCAAUAA